GAUUACAGGAGUUCAAACUUAAGACAGCAUGCUCUCGGAUACCAUUUAAAACACCAAUCAAUAAAAAAACAUGAGAUAUAGCAAUGACUCGAUUAAUCUUUUUUGCUUGGAUUUCAUGACGUUGCCCAUGAAAAUGAUGUUAGUGAAGAUGGGAAAACUCUAUCUUACAGCUCUAGUUCUGGCCCUCUUUCAUUAUAUUGCAUUGUCUGAUUUUCAAGGUCAGGCACUCAUUGAAUUAAAGAAAGCAUUGAAUGCAACAGAGAGUCAGCUCACAAGUUGGAACGCAGAUCAUAUCAAUCCAUGCAGUAGUUGGUCCAAUAUUAUAUGUAACGGAAACAAUGUGACUAAGAUAUUAUUGUCAACAAUGGGAUUGACUGGAACCAUGUCUCCGAGUAUUGUUGUUCUAAAAUCUCUUUCAACUCUGAACUUGAAGGGAAAUUACAUAACUGGAGAGAUACCAGAGGAUUUUGGAAACCUGACAAAUUUGGUCACCUUGGACCUGGAAAAUAACAGCCUAACUGGUCGAAUACCAUCAUCCCUUGGUAAUCUUAAGAAACUACAGUUCCUAACUCUGAGUCAAAAUCAUCUAGCUGGGACUAUUCCUGAAUCAUUUUCGACCCUUCCUAGCUUGAUCAAUCUUUUUCUUGAUUCAAAUAAUCUCAAUGGCCAAAUUCCGGAGCAGUUAUUUCAAGUUUCAAAAUUCAAGUAUGUGGAACUUUUGAAUGCUAUCAAGGUAGAUACCUGUGAAAUUGAUCGAAGAAUUGCAUUUGGUCAGCUGAAAAGAUUUCCAUGGAGGGAAUUGCAGCUAGCUACAGAAGACUUUAGUGACAAAAAUGUUAUAGGACAAGGAGGCUUUGGAAGGGUUUACAAAGGGGUGCUUACUGAUGGCACCAAGGUUGCAGUGAAACAGUCAACUAAUUAUGAAAGCCUUGGGGGAGAUGCUGCUUUUCUACAGGAAGUUGAGAUGAUUAGUGUAGCUGUUCAUAGAAAUCUAUUGCGGCUGAUUGGGUUCUGUACAACUGAGACCGAACGCUUAUUGGUAUAUCCCUAUAUGCAGAACUUGAGUGUUGCCUACCAUCUUCGAGAAAUUAAGCCUGGGGAACGUAUUCUAGAUUGGCCUACUCGAAAACGUGUGGCAUUGGGUGCAGCUCGUGGUUUAGGAUAUCUUCAUGAACAUUGCAAUCCAAAGAUUAUUCACCGAGAUGUUAAGGCUGCUAAUGUAUUGCUUGAUGAUGAUUUUGAAGCUGUUGUGUGCGAUUUUGGCCUAGCAAAGUUGGUUGAUGUUAGGAAGACUAAUGUCACGACUCAAGUUCGGGGGACAGCUGGCCACAUAGCACCGGAGUACUUAUCCACUGGAAAAUCAUCAGAAAAGACUGAUGUUUUUGGCUAUGGCAUUAUGCUUUUAGAACUUGUUACAGGGCAAAGAGCAAUGGACUUAUCUCGCUUGGAAGGAGAUGAUGUUUUACUGCUCGACCAUGUCAAAAAAUUGGUAAGGGAGAAGCGACUCACUGCUAUUGUCGACGAAAACCUGAAUAACUAUGAUAUUAGAGAGGUGGAAAUGAUGACCCAAGUAGCGCUACUGUGCACGCAGCAAUCUUCGGUUGACCGACCGACAAUGUCACAGGUCACUCGGAUGCUGGAAGGCGAGGGGCUUGCAGAAAGGUGGGAAGAAUGGCAGCAUUUAGAGGUUACUCGCAAACAAGACUUUGAGAGAAUACUGAGAAGAUUUGCGUUGGGGGAUGAUUCCAUAUAUAAACAGGAACCUAUCCAGUUGUCUGGUGGAAGAUGAGGUACCAAACUCAACUACCUAUUCUCUUCAGCUAUGAGAACAUAUAUAUGAUGAUUAAUUUUAGUUAGUGAGUUUGAUUGAGGCCAUCUUUACGCGUUUUCUUAACCAAUUAUGAAAUCCUUGCCUUCCCAUUUCCUAGUUUGUAAAUUUCAGUGGCUUUGUUUCUGCUUUUUUUUCUUUUUUGUAAUCUUAAUUUUCUCUAUUUAAUUAACAUGUGCUAUGUGCUGGUGGCUGAAGUUUGUAAUACAAUCUAGUCCAUAGAGUGAUCAUAUUCAUGUUUGACAUUACAUUUGUCACGUUAUAAUAAUAAUAAUAUUAUUAUUAUUA